AUGCUUCAUUCACGCUCAACGGAACGAACAUAUCCGAAUGCACCAGCAACGGGUCGGGAGUUGAACAUGAUGAACGACGUGAUCCCCGAACUGGGCAGGAGGAGACGAGCGGCUUGGGGAGCGUACAAGAGCAUCGAGGAUGUAGUGAAGAAGACCAGGAACGCUCGGUUCCGUGCUCACCUCUUCAACACCACCGUACUUCCUGCUUUGACCUAUGUUUCGGAAACCUGGGCAUUUCACAAGCAGGAAGAAAACGAGGUGAACCUCAUUGAACGCGCAAUUGAGAGAGUGAUGCGAGGAGUAUCCCGUUUCACGCAAGUGAGGGAUUGGAAGUUCUCUCCUACGUCAGCGAUCAAAGAUUAG